UACAGCGGACCGUACGGUGCUGAGAGUGUCACAGGUCUGAUCCCCGUGUGGCCCCGCCCUCCCUGCUCCUCCUCCGGUCGACCGGCCACAUUCCCGCUACCUUCCUCCGUGACAAGCACCGAUCUGACGGCGAAGCAGCGGACGAGCCCCGGGACAACAUGGCGUCAGGCGUGACAGUGAACGAUGAGGUCAUCAGAGUGUUCAACGACAUGAAGGUGAGGAAGUCUUCGACCGUGGACGAGGUGAAGAAGAGGAAGAAGGCGGUUCUGUUCUGUCUCAGCGAGGACAAGAAGAAGAUCAUCGUGGAGGAGGGGAGGCAGAUCCUGGUGGGGGACAUCGGAGAGACCGUGGACGACCCCUACGCCUCCUUCGUCAGUCUCCUCCCCCCCGACGACUGCAGAUACGGCCUGUACGACGCCACCUACGAGACCAAGGAGUCCAAGAAGGAGGACCUCGUCUUCAUCUUCUGGGCUCCAGAUGGUGCUUCCAUGAAGAGUAAGAUGAUCUACGCCAGCUCCAAAGACGCCAUCAAGAAGAAGUUUACAGGUAUCAAACACGAGUGGCAGGUGAACGGGUUGGACGACAUCCAGGACCGCGCCACGCUGGCUGAGAAGCUGGCCGGUAACAUGGUGGUGUCUCUGGAGGGCAAGCCGCUGUGAUGUCACGGCGAGCAGAGCGGAGCGGAGCCGAGCCAACCGCCGUGCCAUCGGACCGGAGCCCCCGACCCCCCCGAACACCGCCUCACCCAGCAGCUUGCUCUGUCUGUAUUCAUGUCCUGAAGGAGUUAAUGUCUUUAGGCCUUGUUCUUGUUUUUUGUUCUUUUUGCUAUUUUCCAACAUGAAGGAGAUCUCAUUAACAUAAUAACGAUAUGCAAACACCUCCCAGUUUGUUGCCACAUGACUCUGUUCACCUGGCAGAACACAACAAAUUGCCCUGCUACCACACCCAGGACGGCUGUCCCUCUCUCACAGCCACAGUUUUGCCAAAAAGUCGAUGUGAAGGAAGCAGCCGCUCGGAGGCGAGCAGCGCAGCACGCCGCCAAGCUCCGCCUCCUGCAGCACACGCGUUUUUACAUAGGACUUUAUUUAUUAUUGUAAAGUGUUGUUUCUUCUCCAGUACGUUCUCACCAGGCAGACACAUUGUUAGACUAUGCAUCCAGAGGAGAUCAUCCAGCACUUUGUGUUGAAACACUACAGACAGAAAAGAUCCUGACGUUAAAUUCUGUGUCACCGCGAAACGUUUGUUGACCUCAGUUCUCAUUCCUGUCAGCUCGCGUCAUUCUAGCUGUUGGUCGCCGCUUUACUUUCAGUUUGAAUGUAACUGUCACACCAGAGUUAGAGUGCUUUUAUUUUGUAAAGAAACACUACAGGAAGCAGAUUUGACCCCAGCAGAGAGACGACCCCACAACAACAACAACACAACGACAUCUGGAGCCUUAAAGUGGAACGUUGUUUCUGAGAUCACAGGAAGCCACUUUGCAAUAAAAGCCUGUGGCAGAUCUGA